AUGGGGAGCAAUAGCUCCAGACCAAAGAUUUGCCAAGUUGCACCAUCUCAGAGUCAACCAAUGGAGGAUAAGCCGUCCCUGCUUCCAACCUCACCAUGGAUGAUCACUGUUGUUAAAGGCACAGAGAUGCAAGAGAAAGGGAUUGUGGGACAGAGGAAACCCAACCACCUGCCUCCUUUGACAGGAGCUGAAGAAAUGGAAUGGAGAGAUGGGCCUGUCCACUGUUAUUCCACUCCCAGCCUGGGAGGGCAUUGUGGCACAAGAAAGGCACCACAGGAACACGUGAAAGGUCUCCAGCUGGUACAGACGGUGCUCAGUCGCCAAGCAACCAAGAAGCAGCAAGCUCAGCAGAGGUGGUUUCAGGAAAGACAUAGGACACCGAAGAAGAUGUGCACCACUUAUGUGGAAAAAGAUGAGAGAGAAGGACAGAAGGUCAAGCUUGUAACCAGGCCAAGGGCACAAAACAUCUUUUGGGAUGAAUUUGAGGGACAGAUUCUGGAUCCAAGGGAGCUGAUGCAGCCAAGUCCUCAGCUUGCAGGCACAAACAUGGGAGGCACAAUGCAUGACAAACCACUAAAAGAGAAAUUAGCUUUGCCAGAGGCUGAAGAUGAAAAUGUGCUAUAAGGACUCACUGAUCUGUCAAAAGAUUAGAACAAAUCUGGUCUCAGGUUUGACAGGAACAGUGCAAAGGCUGUGACACAAGCAUGAAGAUAUCUUUGCCGUAAGACUUGAAGGGCCUUGAGAAGACUCUUGAGAGGAAACAUGAAUCUGAAAAUGUACAAUAGUAGUUAAAUAUAUAAGCAUGGACAUUACUCUGGGUCAGAGGUCUUCUACCCUGUUCCUAGUACAAGUUUAUUUCCAGUUAGUUUCAGCACACCUGUGUAUUUUUAAGAGACCCUGAAAAAUUCAGGUGUCUUUGAAAAUGUUGAUCUGAACACAGUUCCUUCCUGA